AUGUUCAGCGCCAGCGAGAACGACGCGCAGGAACGACUGCUCCGCGCGCCGCUCAAUCCGCAGCAAACUGCAAUGGGCAACAGUGGAAAUCCUGGCAGCGUGCGUCAGCAGGAGCCUCUCGGACUGGGCGGCUCCACGCCCCUUCCUAACCUGUCGACGCCGUCCACGUAUUGGCAAAAAAUGAAGAUGAUGGAGGCAGCCGCGUUGAUGCGAUACCUGCGCUAUGCAAACGUGGUGCUGGCAGUGCUCCAGGCGCUUGCGGGGUUCUUGGGACUCUUUAAUCUCGUCGUGCUCGACAUCACGUGCUUUUUCAUCUCGAUCUAUGCCGUUAUUUUCGCAUUGCUGCUGCUGGCAUUCGAGUGCCGGUUCAAGCACAUGGAGCCGUAUAUCCGCCAGCAAUUUGGCUUCUUGUUCACCUAUCGUGGCCGCACAGCCUUUAUCUUUGCAGUCGGCUUUAUGGACUUUGGCAUGGACAGCUCGCUCGCCUACUUUGUGGGCUGUCUCAUGUGUGGCAAUGCCGCUUUGAGUCUGCUCGUCAUGCUUUUUCAUCCACAGUUUCGUCAAGGGACACUGGAUGUGAACAUGGACCCGACGGCUACGUACCGUCCUGCUGUCGAGGAAACCGAGACGUUACUGCGUCGACAUGAAGGAAUGGCGUCUGCAGCUGGCGCUUAUGUGCUUCAUGAAGCAGAAGAGCACCCGGAAUUCAUGGCCAAGGUGGCCCAAUCGUACGCUACAAAGCAUGGAUACGUACCUCCUGUGCAAAACUAG